UGUGUUUUUUUUUCUAAAUUCUUUAUGGCUUAUGCCUGACUCUUCUCUACCUAUAAAGCCCUCUUUACAUACACACUUGUGAUCAGAUUUUCUUAAAGAUCCAAAGCACUUCUUCUCAAACAUGGACAGAUCUAUCUUUCUUUCUCUAGCACUAGCCUCACUCUUGGUCGGAGUCGUCUCAGCUCGUGACUGGAACAUCUUGAACCAGCUCAAAUCACUCGGUAUUUCAUCCCCAAGCCAACCCGGUCUUGUUACUUCGGGGCUAUCGACCAACCUGAAACGGUACUGCGAAAGCUGGAGGUUCAACGUGGAAGUACACAACAUCAGAAACUUCGACGUGGUGCCUCAGGAGUGCGUGUCUCACGUCCAGAAUUACAUGACGUCAUCUCAGUACGAGGAUGACGUUGAGAGAGCCGUCGAUGAGGUCAUCCUUCAUUUCGGGAGCAUGUGUUGUAGCAAGAGUAAGUGCGAUGGCAUGGACGCUUGGAUCUUUGAUAUUGAUGACACGCUUCUCUCUACCAUUCCUUACCACAAGAGCAACGGCUUCUUCGGAGGAGAGAAAUUGAACUCUACUAAAUUCGAGGAUUGGGUAAGGAAGAGGAAAGCACCACCAGUGCCACACAUGGUUAAUUUGUACCAUGAGAUCAGAGAAAGAGGAAUCAAGAUCUUCUUGAUCUCUUCUCGGAAAGAAUAUCUCAGAUCUGCCACCGUUGACAACCUGAUCCAAGCCGGUUACUAUGGCUGGUCCAACCUCAUCCUCAGGGGGCUAGAAGAUGAACAAAAAGAAGUCAAACAAUACAAGUCAGAGAAGAGGACAUGGCUAACAAGUCUUGGUUACAGAGUUUGGGGAGUGAUGGCAGACCAAUGGAGCAGCUUUGCAGGUUGUCCUCUUCCCAAGAGAACCUUCAAGCUCCCUAACUCCAUCUACUAUGUCGCCUAAUCAAAACAUAAUAAACCUCUGAUUUUAGCUUUCAUUGUACAAGAAGAAGAAUCCAUAAAUAAGAGAGAACAGUUUUGGUUCUGAUU